GGGGCGAGGAACGAUGAUAUUGUUUCGAGUCUGUUCAAAGUUCAGCUUCCUGAUGAACAUGUCGACAACAACAAUGAACAAGAGGGGCGAGAGGAGAUCACCUUGUCGGAGACCUUUGUGGAUCUGCACCUGCUACCAGGUUGUUUUCGAGGGAUUCUGUUGCGAGAUUGAACUAAAAUUGCGAUAGCUACCCUGUCUUCUUGAUCUAAAGGGGGCGCAAUUCCCGUCCUUCCACAUAUAUCUAACUCCUGUUUUUCUGCAGUAGUAAGGCCGUAAUAGUCGUCGGAUUGAGAAAACCUGAUCUCAAAAGCUUUUCUUGUGGAAAUUAGGGUUCCAAGAUGCCGGCCACGGCAGGAAGGGUUCGCAUGCCCGCGAACAAUCGGGUGCAUAGCAGUGCGGCCCUUCAGACGCAUGGUAUCUGGCAAAGUGCGAUCGGCUAUGAUCCGUACGCGCCAAACAAGGAUAGUUCGAAGCAAGGAUCUGAGCAAUCUGACACCAAAGCUGCUGCAUCUGUGCCGGAGGGCGAAAAUGCCUACGCCAGUUUCCAAGGAUUGCUGGCCUUGGCACGACUGACUAGCUCCAAUGCCGACGAAGCACGAGGUGCCUGCAAGAAAUGUGGCCGGGUUGGUCAUUUGACGUACCAGUGUCGAAAUUUCCUGAGCGUCAAGGAAGAUAUUGCCCUUCAAACGAUCGCGACCCAUCCAGAGAAAUCAAAAGCCAAUGGGAAAGAUAAAGGUGCUGAGUCUGAGGAAAGUUCGGAGGAAGAAGAUGAAAGCGAGAGUUCUGAUAGCAGUGUGGAUUCUGAAAUUGAGAGGAUAAUUGCAGCACGGUCUGGGAAAGGUUUGGUAAAGAAGAGUUCGUCAAGCCUUAAAAGCAAACAUAGGGCACGUGAAGAGUCUGACUCGGACUCUGAGGAGAGGAGUACAAGGAGAUCAAGGAAAAAGAGGAGCUCAAGGACAUCAGACGAAUCUUCAGAAAGCGAGGAAGAAGAUCGAAGGAAGAAAAGAGAAAAAAGGAGGAGAAGGCACAAACAUUCUGAAGCUGAUAAUGGCAAGCAGAGAAAGAGUAGGAAGGAGAAAAGGAGGAGGAGGGAUUACUCUUCUGCUUCUGACAGUGAGUCUGACGAGGAUGAUCUACAUCGAAGAACAAGAAGGUCUUCUGAUUCCGAGAGGGAUUCAGCCGUCAAGAAGAGUAGGAAGCAUAAGAAGCGUGAGAAGUCACCAAGUGAUUCUGACGACUAUGAAUCCACAAGGGGAAGGAGUAGGAAGAGGUCUGAGAAAAGGAGCUCGAAGCACCGGAACUGAAGAAUGUGACUGAAACAGGGAGACGACUGAAAGGGGAUUGUAUGUCACGCUUUGGAUCUCAAAAUGGGUGCUGAAAAUAUUUGCUCGCCUGUGGAUGAACUGUUGUAUGUUCUGGAUCUCAAAAGAUGAUUGAACCAUGUCCUGCUUGAGGACAAACUUGGUAUGCUAUGUUUUAUUUGCGAUGUUGGUGAAUGACUUCUAUUGUUUCUAAAAAUUCCUUCCCCUUGUUAAAUGUAUAGCGUAAUGGCCUUUUGUCAACUUCAUGAAUCUGGCUAUGAAGCUAUCUUGAUUUAGGUCUCAAUAACCAGGUCUUUUUGUUAGUAUUGCUGGCUUCCUUUCGGAUAUUAUGUUACAAGUGAAUGUGAACUCAGAAGGGUGACUGAAAAUCUUAGCUUGCUUGUGGAUGAAAUGUUAUGUCCUGGCGCUCAAAGGAUGACUGGACAGUGGCAUGCUUAUCAUCGAACUUUGGUAUUGUUGUGUUUUAUUUGCUGUGUUGAUGAAUGACUUAGGUUGUCUUUAAAAUUCCAGUCUUAAAAUGCUUGAGAAAAAAAGCUUGAUGGCCUUGUAAACUUUAUGAAUCUAGCUAUGAAGCUAUCUUGAUUUA